AUGGAGAGCGUGGAUCAUCAUCAAAGGAUUGAUGCCAAUGAUCUGAGCCUGGUCCCAGAUUUAGUUCUCCCCUCUAAAUUCAAAAUGCCUGAAUUCGAGAAAUACAAUGGAACAAGCUGCCCUGAAGCCCACAUCACCAUGUUUUGCAGGCGAAUGACGGGAUAUGUUAACAAUGACCAGCUACUAAUCCACUGCUUUCAAGAUAGUCUGGUUGGAGCAGCGUCUAAGUGGUACAACCAACUGAGUCGAGCCAAGAUUAACUCAUGGAAGGACCUGGCUCAGGCCUUUAUGAAGCAAUACAAUCAUGUGACGGACAUGAACCCCGACAGGAUCACUCUCCAGAAUAUGGAAAAAAAGUCAAAUGAAAGUUUCAGACAGUAUGCACAAAGGUGGAGAGAGGUGGCCAUACAAGUUCAGCUGCCACUUCUAGAAAAAGAGACAACAAUGCUCUUUAUUAACACCUUGAAAGCCCCUUUUAUCACUCAUAUGUUGGGAAACGCCAUCAAGAGCUUCUCUGACAUAGUAAUGACAGGAGAAAUGAUCGAAAAUACUGUAAGGAGCUGCAAGAUAGAAUUGAGAGUGGGUGCUAAGAAGUCAGUCCCGAGGAAAAUGGAUAAUGAAGUGAACAACACGAGCACAUUCAACAAGGGGCAGCCCAAAUCAUUUACCAUAAAUCAACCCAAAAUGGUGACCACCAAUCAACAAAGCCCUGAAUCCAAUGCAAGGAAGAACACAAAAAGGCCACAAUUCACCCCUAUACCUAUGACGUAUAGGGAGUUGUACCAGAACCUGUUCAACGCUUAUGUGGUAUCCCUUUCUACACGAGCCACUGCAGCCCAGUAUCCCAAAUGGUAUGACACAAAUGCCCAAUGUGAAUACCACGCGGGAAUUACCGGGCAUUCAAUCAAAAAUUGCACUACAUUCAAGAAAGUGGUUGAAAGACUCAUUAAGGUGGGAAUCGUGAGAUUUGAUGACUCAGCCAUGCCCAAUGUAGCAGGAAACUCACUCCCCAAUCACACCGACCAAGGAGUGAACGGGAUAAGCGAAUGUAAAAACAAGAAGAUUAAGUGUGAGGUUGAGAAAGUCAAGACUCCGUUGAGACAAGUAUGGAUGGAGAUGGUCAUGAGAGGUUUGAUCGUGUUAGAUUUGGGAAGAGAAUCCAAAGAAAAGAGGAAUUACUGCGAGUUCCACAAUGAAGUGGGGCAUGAAAUCCAAGAGUGUGUAGAGUUCAGGGCCCUAGUGCAAAGCAUGAUGAACAAUAAGGAAAUGGAAUUCUAUGAAGAGACUAAAAACCCUGUAGAGAAAGACAUAUGUGCGUCGGAAGGAGAGUCGACGGUACAAAAUCAAACAGUUAACUACCCCGUGGUUAUCAUAUCGAGACCCAAAAAUAAUGAAGCUAGAGUUCAACUACCACCAAGGGUCAUAAUUCAGAGACUUGCAGUCUUCCCUUACAAAGAUGGCAAAAGGGUCCCAUGA